UUUGAGUGUAAUACCAGUAGCUCUUGAGGCCGGUUGAGUCAGUGUGGUUCUCCAGAUUGUGGACGACUGCUGACAGCUCUGUGGGUUCGCUUUGAGACGGUUAGAAGGAGUUCGGAAGUUCUUGAAAGGCAAUAUGCUGAAGUUAAUUUUCUUUGCCGCACUGAUCGGCAAUGCGCUGGCGGAGGGCAUCACGCAGCAGCAGGAGAUCUACAUAGUAGCGGGCGUCCUUGGCGGCGUGUGCCUUUUGCUUACGGUCGCCUGCAUUUUCAACACCAUUACUAUCCUCGGCUUACAAUCGAAAGUAGCACUACUACAGGCUGCUGGCACGGCCGCUGUAAAGGCAGUUACAGAAACUCAACCGCCACGUAGUGAAGCACCAAGAAGAGAGCCACCUCGUGACAACUCUUAUUACCCUGAGCCGAAGGGCAGGGACGACUUCAACCGCACAAACCGACAAGACGACCCCUAUCGUCGCCCUCCUUCUCGCGAAAACUACAGGAUGGAGAGGAUGGACAGGGCAGAGAGAUAUACGGACAGAAACAACUACCAUGAUGUAUACUAUAGCACUGGAAAUAAUGGCAGACCUGGGGCACCACCUCGACCACACCGUUCUGAUGACCACCGAGCUGCUGGAUACUACUGAGCUUGUUUUUUUCUUCUAGGUAAUAGUUCAUAAAUAAAAGUUCACUGCAAGUGACCAUAAAGAAAAUACUUAUUCUUAUAAAGAUGUUUCUUAUGAAGCCACAAAAAAAUGGAAAUACUUCAUGAUUACUUUAAGUAAAGUUAUUUAAUAUUUUAUUCUGUUCUUUUUUCUCUUUGUUUUGUAGACUGAUUACAUUUUUGAGAAAUGUUAAAAUUAGAAUACAUUUACAUACAAGAAUUGUUUGGUUCCAGUUUCAACAGAUAUGAAAAUUCAACAAUCAGUAUUUCUUUGCUUCUCAUUAAAGAAACAUUCAAUGUGCUUUUUAAUGUAUUACAAUGAAGAGAUGAAUGGUAACAAAAAGAACAAAGACAAUAAUAUUUAGAAAUAUUAUGAAAAGCUCUUGCCAAUCUAAGACUUAUUUGUCUAUUUACAAAAUAUGAUUCAAUGAACUAAAAUAUAUACUGUAAUAAAACUACAAGCUUUGCUAUCUCAAAUGACAUUUCAAGUCUAUUAGGACAAUAUUAUAUAUCUUGAAGUUAAGAAAGUAACUCCUAUAUAGGCUUACAUAACUUGUUUUUAGAGUAAAUGCAUUAGAGGUCUUAUUAGAUCAUUUUUUUGGUUAGGUAUGUGGUUUUGCUUAAAAUGCUUUUUAAGUUGUAUUGUGGUUCAUGUGAAAUAAAAUGAAUUAAUCUUUAGGACUCACCAAUUCUUUAAUUAAAUUAUGUUUUGCUCACAUUAUGUAAAACAUUGCCCACAAAAAUGUUUGUUAAUAUAUAUAUAUAUAUAUAUAUAUUGGAUUUCUUUCAACAUUAUUGAUAUUCAUUGUUGAAGGUUUAUUAUUAGCUGAUAUCUGGAGAGCAGGCACAAAAAAAUAGAAUAAUUCCCAAACAUAUUAUCUGGCUAAUGGUAUUUUAAUAAAUUUCUUAACAUUA